UAUCGUGCAGAAGCUUUCGGAGUAUCCCGAGUCCAUGCCGAUUGGAAAAUUAUUUGUGAAGCGAAAAUUACGGGGUAGGGAUCCCUUGCAUAUUGGAAGCUGUCAAUGCUCCGAACUCUAUCGAACGAAGAGAGAAUCGAGUCCCAAAGCAAUUAGAAGCAAAGAUUCAAUAAGGGAAAGAAGAGCUCCAAAGGCGAUUUGAAGUUUGUAACGAAUCGAGCCACUCGGGUGACUAGCUCUGACAAACUGCUUCAACCGGAAAGCGAAUGAAAGAAGCAAAAAAUGGCUGAGGCCGAGUAAAAGAGAGCGAGAAAAAGCGACGUCCGAGAAAAUGAAUUAAGGGCAGUCACGCUUGCCGCUGUACGCCGAAAGCAAAGAACGGGAGCAAGCGGACCAAGUGGGCGUCGCUGAAAAGAAAGAGCAUUGAAGAAGUUCUCUUCCCUCUUCUCCUGAUGGUCACCCGGAGGAUCCAUUAGCACGAGGCUCCGAGUUGCCAAUCUCUCUCGCCCUCCGCUCGAAACUUUCCUUCGUUUUAUUCGUUCAUUCUCAAGCCCAGUCGGACGAUGAGCGCCGUGCCAAAAGUCGCAGGGAGUGUUGUAGGUCAUAUUAAAUCCAAGGGAGUUGCUCCAUCUGAGCGAUAACGGGAUCGGUGCCUCAACGGUCUGUUCCACUUGCGAAAUAGUACAGAAAGAGAGGCAGCCUUCGGGUGUUUCGAUAGACGCUUCAAGAGAACCCCGGGACUGUGUGGAAAGGCACAAACGCUGUUAUUGUGGCGAAGAACAAAGUGGUCGGAGGUCACGAAGAAACGAUCAAAAGGCCUCUGCGGAAACGAUCGUUGACCUCCCUGUCCUCUGCAACACGAAGUAGAAUAUCUACGACCGCAAAAGCCUCAACCGGAUUGAACAGAUAAUCGUACGUAAUUCACCUCGAUAGUCCAGACGGUCAGACAGAAAGGGGGAGAGAGAAAGAGAGAAAAAUUAGAGCGUGGCUUUUUUAACAGACGAAUACACACCGAGCUAUAUUCUAUCAUGAACGAUUUACUUCUGGAUGUAGGAUCAGCAUCGAGCUCACCGGGUACUUCAAUCGUUGAUCCGCCUCCUGACUUUAAUUACAAACCUAUGUAAAGGUGAACCGUGUACGAAAGUGCCCGAGCAAAGUCGCUGACACCGGAGAAGGGGUUGGGCAUAAGAGAGCGGGAAGAAACAUUAAGUGGAAGACAUCGGGCGAAAGGGCAACAAAUCGUGAACCGAUCGCCUUCCGCGAUUGUAAAAGGGUCGUAAGGAAAACCAUUAGCUCCAAACAUCCUCGUGGACUCGAUCAACGAGCAUAUAGAUCAGGAUUGUAAAACUGCUGUUCGAUAGAGCCUCCACCUCGCUCUAAUUAGAGCAAUAAAUUCUCGAUUUGUGUUGUUUUUAAACAGAUCUCAUGUUGAUGGUGGGUUUUGAGUUGUUAGACAUUCAAUCAUCAUGGGAAGAGUCUUUGUACCAGUCCAUAAAUGGUCCCUCGGCAGUGCUGUCGUCAUUGGACUCGGACGUCGCCAUUGCUUGGACAUCGCGUGGGAUGUUGUCUGACCUGUCGGCGGCAGUUUAUAUUCUGGCGAAGUAUUAGUAAAAUGUGUUUUUUUAUGUUGCGCCAAAGGGAUCCGUGAACGGAAGAGUUCAAUGAUGUUAAAAGUGUGGCAUCACCAAUCGUAACGAUUUUAGUGUGAUACCUGAUAACCGGCUUGCUAUGUCAUAAAGCCGGUAACGAGGCUACAACUGGCUCGCAGACGAAUAAACUUGGGAACGGUUCACCACGAUUUUUUAUUUAAGCAGUGAGAAUAUGUAUACCUGAAGAAAAAACGUUCAGACUUUUUCCCCCCGUGCCCAUCAGUUGGAUGUGCGUGGGUCUCUUGUACUGUUGCUUCGUGCUGGUUGGACUGGGAUUAUCUACCUCACUCGGCCAUCAUUUUCUUCUGGCUCGUACCAAUUCUCUUUUCCUAUCGUACUCUUCGGCUAUUUCAUUGGCAGACUUCUAGGCCUGAACUUCGGAUCCUUUCAGUUCUUGGAGGAUUCACAAUCAACGACAACCCAACAACUCGCUCGAUCACUUAACCGCGUUCACCUAGCUCGAAACCCCGUGGUAAAGGAACGCGGAAGCUGUUCUCGUGAAACCCAACGUGGAUGGAUAUAUAUAAAUAUAUACCCUCGUAUAUAUAUGUCUAUGUACAUCAUGAUUUAAGUGCACGAUUUCAAAGUUCGCGGAGAGUGCCGAGCGGCUGAAGGCCAAGAGUUUAAUCGCGGCUGCAUCUUGCCAAGAUGAUGACCAGGAUGAUCCAGGAUGAUGAUGAUGAUUAUAUGAUGGGAAGCUCCGAGUAACGUAACCAUUAGCUACGGUCGUACUGCUCCUGAAACUUGAUGUUCGAUGAAUUAGAGUUCACGACCUUCGGAGGUACGGUGUGUGAGUCCGAUAAGCCGGAAAAAAAUCCUUGUGUAGCUGCAGCGCUAAAAGUCGUUGGGCGUUUCACCUUCGGAAAGUAAAAGUUUCAUCAAUCAAUUGCGUGAAAUAUCGAAUGCGAGGUAUGAGGGAGGGAAAAAGCGCAGGCGACAAAGUCGUGGCACUUUGCCAGUGAGUCAUAAGACUGUGAAAGUGACCACGAUCAGGACCCACAGCACAUAGAUUCUGGAACACGCUCGAGCACUCGAUGCAAUGGAUAGUGAGAUGUGCUUCAAGCUUAUUUUUUUGUUCGAGUGAAAAAUGUUAGAAUUUCCAAAGACGAGGGUCGCUUCGUAAUUCGCAGAGAACGUGACAAUGUUUGCGCGAGAGUGUGGGCGCUCAUGAAGGCGGUUUUUCGGUGAUUUCUGAGUGGUCCACGAGUAUCAGUGUUCCCUGCUUACUUGGGGUCGUGUAACCAGACUUCCCUUUUGGUCCUCAACAAGAAAAGGGAAACCGGAAGUGAAAGAAGGAUUUUUCUAUACGUGUGUAUACAUUAAGGGACUUAUAUAUAGCCCACUCGACCGGAAGCUUAUCGCUGCGGUGUGCUAUUUCGUUUCAUAAAGUUUUCCUCUUUUCUUCUCCUCCUCCUCCUCCUUAUUCUUCACACUAUACCCGAACACACCAACCUUUUACGGAUUUCACAUGUGUGAGGAAGACAAGAAACGACCACCAGCUAUAAGCAACCUCAGUCAACUCCGGAUAAAAGACAAUAGAGGAUGCUGCUCGCCGGUAUGAGAAAAUUAUGCAGAGUCUGCCUCGCCGCUGUCCUAGCUACCGCACUCUGUGUACUCACUCUCGUCGACAUGCCGCCACAGCUACCGGAACCACCGACAGAUCCUCCACCUACGCCAGAGACGGAGUCAUCGGGGACGAGAAGUAUAGUAGCGUAUUCAUGGGCACGUAGAUUGGCCCUGGAUUAUCGUCCAUCGGUGGAAUGUCGUGACUACGUAAACGAGCACGUUACGGCGGAGGAUGAAAAAUUCACAAAAUCAUCGGACGCAUACGUGACGUCAAAGGAAUCUUCGCUGACGAGAAACAGGCGAAGGAAUAGGAGGAGGACGAGGAGGAGGAUAAACGAGAAGGAGGACACCGAUGGCGGCAUCGAUGAUACGAAAAGAUCGAAUAAAUGGCUCGAGACGAUACCUCGACGUCUAUUUCUCUACAGUGCUCAUUUGGACAUAAGAGUCGCCGGCUAUCCGAGUGUCAGGGUGAUUGGCGUUAAACGAGAAACUUCUUCGACGUUGUUACGUACCGCUGGAACGCUCUACUGCACUAUUUGGCACGCAGAUGUCGACGGCGUGACAAAAUCAUUCAGCAUGGAGGCAUUGGUAUCAGACAUUUGGCUGGACGAAUGGGGUGGCUCGCAAGAAAAUUACACGGGUAUCUUGGUGACCUGUCAAUUGCCGAGGGUGAAGGGCCCCUUGAGAGUGUACGUUGGUACGAGAUCGUGCUACCAAAAUCCUAGUCAUAGUUUAUUAGUGAAAGCUCCACCGGAGAACGAUAAAAAGGUAGUUAAGGAGAGUGACGAGUUUAGUAUUUGUAUAAAAGGACUUGAUUUUGACGAGGACAUAAGCGAGAAGCUCGUCGCGUUCGUCGAGCUCAAUCGCAUACUCGGCGCCAAUAUGAUUUAUGUUUACGUAUUCAAUGUACACGAGAACGUCUCGAAAGUUUUGAGGAUGUAUGAAAAAUCGAACGUCGUAAGAUGGUUCAACUUUGAACUGCCCGGUGAUUUGCCAAACGAUAUUCAAGCGAGGCGACAAUUACUCGCCACUGACUUGUGGACCAAAAGAAGAAUGGAACUCAUACCUUAUAACCACUGUUUUUACGAGAAUCUUUACACUGCCAAUUUCGUUGUUCCUAUCGACAUUGACGAGACAAUUAUACCCAUAAAACGUGACAACUGGAGGCAACUUCUGAACGACGAAAGAUCGAAACUCGGUCGUUCCUUCAACGACUUUGCCUCUUACGCGGUCAGAAACGCUUAUUUUUUCACCGAAAUGCAGAACAAAAUUAGACCUCGAAUGACGAAAUUCUCUCAUGAUCUCACUCUCCCUGCUUGUAACAAUUGCGAGGAUAAUUCUACGACUUGCGUCUAUCUCGAUACCGUCAGAACUUCAGUCAUCUCGCCCAUCGGUGAUUCCGUCAAAAGUUUCGUCUCCACGAAACGUGCCCUCACCGUCCACAACCACUACGCUCUCACGACCCUCGAUCCUUCCACCACACGGGCCUACCAUCUUCAUCCUCGAGACGCUCUCAAACACCAUCAUCGCAUGUGCGACCAAACUCAUCUCGAUUGCAAUCUCAUGAUGCAACAACUCAAAAUUGAUGACAGCGCACUUCGAUAUGCUCAGCAACUGAAAGCCAGAAUGAAACUUUUCUACGGAAGAUCUUGACCGUUCAGUCCACUGUUUUUCUCUGUAUGUCUUGUAAAUAAAUGUAUUCAUUGAUAAAUCUUGAGUUUUUUGUGAUAUCAAUAAAUAAAGGAGGAUCGAAGAGCGGGAGCGAAA